AUGCGUCUUCUGCGAAGUGCCGUUUUCUCUCUUUUGGUGAGCUCUAGCCUUGCUUAUCCAGGGCGUCAUGAUACAAGGUCGCUGGUCAAACAAGCUCCCACUGCUGGGUAUGCUCCCAAGGAGCCACCGCUGACAACGCCUUGGACGGAUAAAGUGGGCACCCAUCCAUGGCCUGAGUAUCCGCGGCCACAGAUGCAACGAUCUCAAUGGCAGAAUUUGAACGGAGUAUGGCAGUAUGAGAACGCAUCAAGCCUCGCUGCUGUUCAGAAUCCGCCAUUCGGGCACAACCUUGCCCAGAAUGUUCUUAUUCCGUCUUGUUUGGAGAGUGGUCUCUCAGGGGUCCAGGGUGAGUAUAUGUUAUAUUCAUGGUUUUCAACCUCAUUCAAGGUGCCAUCAGACUGGAACGGUCAGAAUAUCUUGCUCAAUUUUGAAGCCGUGGACUAUGAAGCCACAGUCUUUGUCAAUGGAAGAAAAGCAGGUUUUCAUCGUGGUGGAUACUCUCGUUUCUCUUUGGACAUUACAGGAUUUCUGAAGCCGGGCCAAAAAAAUGAGCUGCUUGUCUUUGUGCAUGAUCCCACUGAUAGUAGUGAUUAUGUUAUUCCCAUUGGAAAGCAGACCCUCAAGCCCAGCCAUAUCUUCUACACUCCCUGCAGUGGGAUAUGGCAAAGUGUUUGGAUUGAGCCUGCACCAAAGGAUCAUGUCUCGCGACUAGACAUAGAUGGGAAUAUGAAGGGUCAAGUCAAUAUGACCGUGCAUACUUCCUCUGUUAACGUCACCACCAGUGUUCUAGUCACUGUCCACGAUGGUGACAAGGUCGUUGCAACUCACAGAGGUCCGGCUAAUCAGCCCUUCCAAUUCAAUGUCGAUUCCCCGAAGCUUUGGUCCCCGAGCUCACCUCAUCUCUAUGACAUCACUAUCAAGUUGGGCAAAGAGCAGGUCCAAAGUUACACAGGAUUCCGCACUAUUUCCAAGGGAACCGUCAACGGCGUCGUUCGGCCAUUGUUGAAUGGCGAGUUUGUAUUCAUGUUCGGUACUCUUGACCAAGGCUUCUGGCCCGAUGGAAUUUACACGCCACCCACUAAGGAUGCUAUGGUGUACGAUCUGCAAAUGCUGAAAAAUCUGGGUUUCAACAUGGUCCGCAAGCAUAUCAAAGUGGAGCCUGAGCUAUUCUAUCGUGCUUGUGAUGAGCUGGGUCUGCUUGUCAUCCAGGAUAUGCCUGCAUUGCGGCCCUCCGAGCUGCCUAAUGCAGCGCAACAGGCUGAAUUCUCGCGUCAGUUGGAAGUCCUGGUCAAUCAGCACAAGAGCUUUCCCAGCAUUGCAACUUGGAAUAUAUAUAACGAAGGCUGGGGACAGCGGACCGAUUACUAUCCUGAAUUCGAGUUAACCGACCGAAUCAAACAAUUGGAUCCGACGCGGCUAGUGGAUUCGACGACCGGCUGGUAUGAUCACGGAGCAGGGGAUUUCAGUGACAACCACCACUACGCCAACCCACAAUGUGGGACCCCAUUCUACUCCAUCAACUCCCGCCCUUACGACGAUACCCGCAUUGGCUUCCAAGGAGAAUUCGGAGGACUCGGCAACAACGUCUCCAUUGAACAUCUCUGGAAUGACAAAAAAGCAAUCAACGCCAUCAACCAGACCUAUGAGAUGGAUCUCACCCUCGACGCCUGGAAUUACCGUAGUCAUCUGCUCCUCAGCGAAUUGCAGGACCAGGUCCGCCGUUUCUCCUGCAGCGGUGGCGUCUGGACACAGACCACCGACGUCGAAGGUGAAGUCAACGGAUUGAUGACCUAUGACCGACGCUUAUCUCGGGUUGACGAGGUCCAGUGGAAGGCCGAUAUUCAGGGUCUGUAUGAUGCAGCCGCGGCACGGAGCAAUGGUACGGCAUUAUGA